GGUAACAAGAAUGCCUUUUCGUCUUUAAUUUUCUAUCAGGCCGUUGCAACCGCCCAACACAUUCCGUCACGCCAAAACGCCAUUGAUGUUUUGGACGGAACGAGACCAGAAUCAGCAGCGGCUGCAAGCGACAAUAUAUACAAUGCGCAACUGCCGCUCAAGAGCGUCGCGAUCUACAGUUCCGCAUCGUUGGGGCCAAUGCGAGAUUCGGAAAUCGCAACAGAUCUGGUAAGCGUAGUUUCAUGUUAUCUCUGUUAUUAUCAAUGAAUUCUCGAUCGAUUUGAGUUAAAAUUGACUUCCCGUUCGAACAAAUUAUGAUCAAGUGAAGAAGCUUCUCCGACGGCAGCAACCGUGACAAAAAAUUAAAAGAAAAGAAAAAGGACGAAGCAUGAUGUAAUCGCAUGAAUUCGAUGAAAAACCGGUGAAAAGCUUCCCAUAACUGCCAACUGCAGACAUGAAUGCUUUACAUUUAUUUCUGCUUCGACAUUCUGCGCGUGCUAUCCAUGAAAGUUCUUUCUUCCUUCUAUAAAACUCAAGAUAUGGAGAACCUGUUCUGAGUUAGGAAGAGGAAGCCAAGGAAUCAUGGCAAUUCCUCUGCUUCUAUUACUGCAAUUCCUGCAAAUACUCAGCGUCCAGGCUAAAGUUUCGUCCCUGAUUGUGUUUGGAGACUCCUCUGUGGAUUCGGGGAACAAUAACCAUAUCUCCACGAUGCUAAAGAGCGACUUUGUGCCCUACGGCCGUGACUUCUAUGGCGGCAAGCCGACGGGGCGGUUUUCUAAUGGUCGAAUUGCCACAGAUUUCAUCUCCGAGGCUUUUGGUCUCAAACCGACCAUACCUGCUUAUUUGGAUCCAACGUACAAUAUAUCGGAGUUCGCUUCUGGAGUUUCCUUUGCUUCAGCUGGGACCGGUUAUGAUAAUCUUACCUCCGAUGUGAUGUCAGUAAUACCUCUGUGGAAAGAACUGGAGUACUACAAGGAAUACCAGAUGCAGCUACGAAGUUUUCUUGGCGACGAGAAGGCUAACCAGGUCCUGAGUGAAGCACUGUAUCUGAUAAGCAUGGGUACCAACGAUUUCUUGGCCAAUUACUAUGCAGUUCCAGGAAGAUCGACCCAGUAUUCCAUUGAGGAGUACCAGAAUUUUCUAACAGGAAUUGCAAGCGACUUCAUUAUAGGGCUCUACAAGCUUGGAGCACGGAAGAUAUCUCUAACUGGCCUUCCUCCUAUGGGGUGUUUGCCACUGGAGAGAACAAGAAACUUCAUGUAUGGCAGUGGUUGUAUAGAGCUGUAUAACAAUGUAGCCAGAGAUUUCAACGAGAAGUUCAGAGGAUUGGUUGACGUGCUGAACAGGGAGCUUGCUCAGAUCGACUUGGUUUUCUCAAACCCAUAUGACAUCCUUUCAGAAAUCAUUCUGAAUCCUUACUCUUUUGGGUUUGAGAAUGCAGCAGUAGGCUGUUGUGCAACAGGGAUGUUUGAGAUGGGCUACAUGUGUGGCAGAUACAACCCUUUCACCUGCACGGAUGCCAGUAAGUAUGUAUUUUGGGAUUCCUUCCACCCCACAGAUAAAACAAACGCCAUUGUGGCUCAUCAUUCUGUCAUGAAUUCCCUGGCCAAAUUCCUCUGACCCUUCCCUUAAUUUUGUACAUUGUGUGUAUCAUCACCAUUAAUGCUAGCUUCAAUACUACUCACUACUACUGCAUGCAUGCAGCUCUGUACACAACUUAUAUAUAUAUAUUAUAUACAUGUGUAUUUCCUUCCGUAAAUUCCUGUAAAAGAUUUUGUUCCUCAAUUGAUGUG